UCCUCCCAGCGCGCUCCCGGUAGUGAGAGUUCGCGCUGCGCUGCGGGUUCGCGCCAGUUCACGGGUUCAAGCGGGGAGAGCUCCACGCGAGGAGCUUCAACAACAAAAAAAAAAGCCCGCGCGCUUUAGGACGGAAACCCUGAGAGCAGAUUCCCAGAGGGUUGCUGGAGCUCUGCUUUACAAUGGGGAAAAAUCACAAUACCUAAAGACAGCCUCCACUGUCAUCAUGGCUGGCCAACGACACUGAAUUUCCAUCGAUUCCGAGCACGCAGUCCUAACUGUUCACUCAUCCCUGCACUAUGGCCAGCAAAAGAAAGUCCACCGUUCCCUGCAUGAUCCCGGCGAAGAGCAAACACCUGCGAGAUGAGAUUGUGCUGGGUUGUUUACCGGAGCUACUGCCCACAAUUCCUGAAGACAGCAUCCUGAGCAUCUCUGGUCAGGAAGAGGAGGAAGAGGCACAGAGGACCUCCAGCCUGUCUGAAAGGGGAACACACAGAUGCCCACCAUGCAGCUUUCAAACAACAGAUCUGAGCCUUUUUCUCAACCAUAUGGACAGCUGCCAUGUGGACUUUCGCACGCAAACAAUAUUUUACUGCCUGAGUUGCAAGGUUUCACUGGCAAAAUUUGAGGGUCUGGCAUCGCAUAAUGCAAAAACACAUCCUGAACUGCAAGCAGAGGGAAGCCCUGGUAGAGCAGCUUUGCAGGUUACUAUGCGAGAUGGAGUUCUGACAGUAGAACAGAUGCUGUUUACAGAAAAGGAGAAUUUCAGCGAUGCUGGAAUAUCCAUCACCAAAACACCCAUAAUGAAGAUGAUGGUCAAAGGAGAUCACAAGAAAAUUGUUGUCUCCCACACAGUUGAGGUACAGAAAGCAGAUAUUAUUCAUGAAAAGUCCAUGACAGUGACCAAUGGCUCUUCAGGGAGGAACGUACCCACAUCACAAAUUCUCACUGGUACCUCUUCCAUCCCUGUGCCGAAAAUGACAAAUACGGGAAUACAAGUAACACAGAAUGUGAAGCCUCUCUGGAAUUUUGCUUCUUCUCCUGAUUUAAACAGCAGUCUCCCAAAAGUAAUGAUUCCUCUAAGUAGCAUUCCCACCUACGACCCAGCCAUGGAUCUAAGCAGUUUCCUUAAGGCUUCUUUUGGAAAGUUCCCAUACCCCACCAAAGCAGAGCUGUGUUACCUGACUGUGGUAUCAGGUUUUCCAGAGGAGCAGAUUAAGCUGUGGUUCACGGCUCAGAGGCUAAAGCAGGGCAUCAGCUGGUCUCCUGAGGAAAUCGAGGACACGAGGAGGAGGAUGUUCAACACUGUGUUCCAAGCUGCACCUAAAGCAUUACAAAGUCAAUCUCAUCCACAGGUUCCCCACCAUUAUGUCUCUGGCCAGCCCACCUCGGCAGGUGCUGGCAUCAUACCACAUGCAUCAAAGGGCAGUGUGAUAGGGAGGAAAGGAGGAGUCAUAGUGACACAGCCUGGCACAGCCCAGGGGUCCUCCCUGAAGCACCAGUCAGUGGUCCAAACGUCACUGGUCACUGUCCGACAUGGCAUCGCCACCAAGGAAGCUGGAAAUGGAUUAUCUUCGCAGAAAGCUGAAAGCAGCUCAGCGAGCCAAACCAAUAUCGCUAGCAAUCAUAUACAUGGUGAAAAAAAUGAAACUGGAUCAAGUAGUUCUGGCAUAUCUAGUGCUAUUUGGUUAACCAGCACUACUCAGAAAAAAAACAGUAGUUGCAGUGAAGGUAGCAUCAUAAACUUGACUAAUAUUGUUAGGAAGAUUGAUUGUAAUGUAAAUAACACAAAUGGCACCAGCAAACUUAACACAAGCUCAGCUUUCAUAUACAGGCAUGACAAAGCAACUGUCGACACAAAAGAAAGCAGCAACAGCAACUUUGCCACCAGCAGCAAAUCUAAUAAUGGAAAUAUUGAUGAAAGCACCAGCCACAGUACUAUUUGCACUAAAAAGGAGGGCAACACAUCUGACAACACCAGCAAAACAAAGACACCUGACUCUAUCGUAAUUUGUAGCAGCACUGGAUCAGGUGAGUUUUUGCUGGUCCAGACUGGCAGUCUGGUGGAUGCAGUCCUUAGUAAGAACAAGAGCAAAUUGCCUGAGCAGCUAGAGGCUUUGAAGCAAAGUAUCAACCACAGCUUAUUUCCAGAACGGAAGCUUAUAGCAACCAGGGACGAGUCUGUAUGGGAGGUUGAUAAACCAUUUCACAGCCAUAGCUUAGUAGACUCAAAGUUGGCUUUGGGGCAUUUUGUAGGAAAUGUGCCCCAAACCUCUCUCUGCUCAAAUUAUGCAUGCAUUCAGGAAGAUAAUCAGUUCUCCUCGCAGUCUCUUCCUGCUCAACCAGAGAAACUUUCCCCAAAGUCAUCGCUGGGAGCCCCUCAGGUUCCCUCAGCAGACUUCACUGCCGUCCUCUACAGCGACCAAGACCUCUCUGCCUUGGAGGACCACCCUCAGCCAUCUAAGGCUAUCUUAGACAGGUCACACUUCAACAGUAAAAUUAAACAAGGAGAAACUGACGCUAUGUUUUUGGAGCAUCAGAAGAGCCAAGCAAACAACACUUUGUACAACACUGACAAAGAUGAGCAGUGCAGGAUAGUUCACCUACAAUACACUUUGAAAAAGGAUGAGGUUAAGAAGAUAGCUGCUAUAGAAGAGAAGCCCUCACUUCAGCAGUACACAGAGGUGGUGGAGGACCAAUGGGAGGGUAACAGCUCCUACCAUGAGCCAAAGACAGAGUCCAUCACGAUCAACUCAAAGAAACUAAAUGAAGCAGAGCACAUGGCUAAAGCCAGCAGAAAGCAUAUGAAUAACCAGCACUUGGAUAAAGAUGGCGGUUCCUGUUAUGACAACGGGCCUUCAAAGAAGCAAGAAAGCCACCAGCACACACCAGCUAAUGAGCACUUUGUGGAAGGUAAUAAAUACAUCAAGAAAAAGUCACAGAGGCAGAAUGACCAAGCUAAUUGUAAGGAGCUCAACAUCGAACAAGUAAAAUCAGAAUAUCUUAGACCAGAACAACAAAGAAUUCUACACAGUCUAGAUACUCAAGCUCCUGUGCUAGCAGAGGAAAAUCCAGAAGGGAUCAAGCAGCCUUCAGAAAAAGCACCAGCAAAAGAUCAUUGGCUGAUGAAAGAUGAGGAAUGCCAGCAAGAUAAUCAAUCAAGAGACUGUGUAAGAGGGGAGCUGCUGAAAGUGUGAAAAACUUCACAUGAAGGAUGCGAUCCCUGAUGAAUGUUGGCGUGUUGAUAACAGACAGCGGAUCAGAUUGUAGUCUAUGAAGGAGCAGCUCCAACGUAGGCCAGAUGUCAUUCCGUAAUGGUCAAAAACGAUGUAGGAAUCUAUAAUGUAAAUGGUUGUCGCUGCACUACUGAGGGUGUUCAAGACUGGACAAAUGUGUGUGUCAGUGGGACGUUGUGAUGUUUUGUACUAUGUCAAAUAAUCAGCACUUCUGCAUUGCCUUGAGUUUUACAUUAUCUGCUUUAUUGUUCCUUCUGUAUGUCCAGAUUAAAUAAGAAUUUAAGAGCGGCUCAAUUUUCA